AUGUCUCGGGUCUUGUGUCGCUUGUUGACGACCAGCUGUCGCCGAGUGGCGGCGCACGCGUUCACGUCCCGGUACAGCUGGCCCUGCGGCUCCGGCGGACGCAGCCUGCUCGCUGGGCACAAGGGCCCGCAAGGACGAAUCUCGUUUUACAUGACCAAUUAUGGCGAAGAAGGGACUCAUAUUGGCUCAGCAGCUGCCUUGGAUGCCGGUGAUCUAAUUUUUGGACAAUACAGAGAAGCUGGCGUUUUGCUUUGGCGUGGUUUUUCACUGGAUCAAUUCAUGAAUCAGUUUUGA